GCUUGGCCUUUGAUUGGUGCGAUUACGCAUACGCAUUCAACCUAUGCGUCGAGUUGGGCGCAAAGUGGUCGUGAUAUUCCGAUUUUUGGUACGACACACGCCGAUCAUAAUACGGUUGACAUUCCCUGCACGGCUCCGAUGAGUGAUGACAUGAUUGCGGGUGACUACGAAUACGAAACGGGACAACAAAUAUUGCAUUGCUUUGCGCAGCGUAAUUUAUCGUAUGAAACCGUGGAAAUGGUCCUGAUUGGAAGUCACGCACCCUUCACAUGGGGUAAGACGGCUGAUCAAGCCGUGUACAAUAGUGCGGUUCUUGAACAAAUUGCUCAAAUGGCUUGGUUAACCGAGCAAAUUAACCCAAAAGCCCCUCGACUCAAAGAUGCGUUAAUUCAGAAGCAUUUUGAGCGUAAGCAUGUAUGGUUCGUAACGGGUAGUCAGCACUUAUAUGGUGCAGCAGUAUUAGAUCAAGUGGCUCAAAAUGCCCAAGCCAUUACUAACUAUCUCAAUGACCAAGCCAGCAUCCCUGUGCAAAUUGUUUUUAAGCCCGUUGUGAAAACCAUGGAAGAAAUUACCGCUUUGUGCAAAGCGGCAAACAACGAUGAAAACUGUGUGGGUUUGGUGACGUGGAUGCACACUUUUUCCCCUGCUAAGAUGUGGAUUAAUGGUUUAAAACAGCUCCGAAAACCCACUUUGCAUCUCCAUACCCAAUUCAACCGCGACAUUCCGUGGGCUGAAAUUGAUAUGAAUUUUAUGAAUCUCAAUCAAAGUGCUCAUGGUGACCGUGAAUAUGGUUACAUCGUGACACGCUUAGGUUUAAAUCGUAAAGUGGUGGUGGGAUAUUGGCAAGACCCCAGCAUUCUAGAAGACCUCAAUGACUGGUCUCGUGCUGCUUGUGCUUGGCAUGAUUGGCAAGGGGCGCGGUUUAUCCGCUUUGGAGACAAUAUGCGUAAUGUGGCGGUCACCGAAGGGGAUAAAGUCGAGGCGGAAAUUCAAUUUGGUUAUACGGUUAAUACCUUUGCUGUCGGUGAUUUGGUGAAGGUGAUUGAUCAAAUCAGUGACCAAGCCGUUGAUCGAUUGUUGCAAGAGUAUGCUCAGCAAUAUGAGUUAGCGAGCCAAUUAACCGACUCCGGUGAUGCGCGUGGUGCUUUGCGGGCAGCAGCUCGGAUUGAGCUAGGCAUGGAGGCAUUUUUACAGCAAGAAAAUGCGAAAGGGUUUACCAACACCUUUGAAGAUCUACAUGGUAUGGCGCAAUUGCCAGGGAUUGCAAGCCAACGUCUAAUGGCA